GUUGUUCUUAAAAACUACACGUGCAUAACGAGCGGCGAACAUAUUAAAAUAGGUCAUCAACACCUGUAUACAUCAGUUGAUAUAUUUCAAUUCGCGACGUACAGACGCAAUGUCGCAUUGUUUAUUUAGUGAUAACGACGAUGAAGAUAUUAUUCUUUCACAAAAUUUAGACGAUAUAGAAAAGGAAUUAGCAGUGAUAAAUAAUAUUGAGAACGACGAUGAUGAUAUUAUUCUUUCACAAAUUUUAGACAAUAUAGAAAAGGAAUUAGCAGAGAAAAAUAAUAUUGAGAAAGAUGUGGAUUACGGCGAAUUGAACCUUAUUUCUACUGCAGAGGAAUUUGUUAAAGCAGAGAUGGAGAAAGAAUCUGAUUAUGGUGAAUUUAACCUAAUUUCUACAGCCGAGGAACACGUUAAAGAGGAAGUGAAAUCGGUUGUGGUUGAAAGGUUUCAAACGCCAGUAUCUCAGGUUGAAAUAGACACUUUAAUACAUUCACAAACAAACGCUAAUACCAGAAAGAAUACUAAAUGGUCACUAAAUAUAUUCAAUGAAUGGCGGAAAUGUCGAUCGAAGGGCGAUAAUGAUAUACCUGAAUUGCAAGAUAUGACAGCAGAAGAAUUAGAUUAUUGGUUACAGCGAUUUCUUGUAGAAUUGCGUAAAAUGAACGGAGAUGAGUAUUCCCCUAAAUCAGUUUAUUAUAUCAUUUGUAGGCUUAUGAGACACUUGAAGGACCAUAAUAUUUACAUUAACAUUCUAGAGGAAGCUGAUAAACGUUUUGUGUUAACCAGAAAGGUGUUAGAUGCCAAGAUGAAGGAAUUAGUAAGCAAAGGAGUCGGUUGUAAACCGAAAACCGCUGACCCCGUAUCAAACGAAGAUGAGGAUAAGUUGUGGAAUUCUGGUGUCUUUGGUUUUACCAACUCAACGAGUUUACAGUACACAGUAUUUUUUUACGCAUGUAAACUGUUUGGACUACGAGGAAGAGAUGAGCACCGCCAUUUAGAAGCUGACCAGUUUGAAUUGGGUAAUGAUAAAAAUGGUUACUACAUACGAUACAUAGGAAGAAACAACAAAACAUUUACUGGUGGUCUAGCCCAUUUGAAGUUAAAGAACAAAGAUAUAAAGCACUAUUGCACUAAUUACGGAGGUCAAAGAUGUUUGUAUACAGUAUUUAAAACCUAUUUAGACGCGAUAGAAUCUGGAAUUUUUUAUAGAAAGCCAUUACAGAAUGGCAUAAGAUACGGAAAGCAGCCUGUUGGGAUAAAUAAAUUAGGUAAUUUCAUGAAAGAAAUGUGUCAACAAGCUGGUUUAGUCGGAUAUUACACUAACCACUCCGGUAAGAAGACCUGUGCCACUGAAAUGUACCGCAAUGGACAAGAUGAACAAUCCAUCAUGGAACGCACAGGUCAUAGAUCUGUCGAGGCGUGUAGGGUUUACAAAAUUAAAUCCGACGAAAUGCAGAAACAGAUUUCAAGUGUCUUAGAGGCGCCAAUAAGUGCUAAAGAAAAUAGCGAACCUGUUUCUAAAAAAGCGAAAAUUUCGGCUUCCUCACCCCCACUGAAGGACACACCACCCUAG